AUGGAUUUUCAUGGACCAAUUACACCAACAAUAAAGCAUGGAAAUAAAUAUAUUAUUUCAUUAACAGAUGUAUUAUCCAAAUUCGUAAUUGCAAAAGCAGUACGUGAUUGUACUGCAUCAACUGCAGCACGUUUUCUCACUGAAGAAGUGAUCCUUAAAUAUGGUACUCCUAAAUGCAUUCUCACAGACAAUGGUACACACUUUACGGCUGCAAUGAUGACUGAAUUAUUCAAGAAAAUAGGGAUUACACAUUUAUAUUCAACACCUUAUCACCCGAUGACUAAUGGACAAAUUGAAAGAUUUAAUGCAACAAUGGAUGCAAAUAUAGCAGCAUUAUCCAAUGACAAGCAUACAGAUUGGGAUGAGCAAUUACCAUUUGUUACAUUCAAUUACAACACCAGUAUACAUACGACAACCGGACAAAUUCCAUUUGAAUUAAUAUAUGGCCGUUCGCCAAUUCUUCCUAUUGAUCAACAACAGCCAUUAGUUACCCUUUCACAAGAUCCAGAACACAAGGAAAAAUUAAAUCAAUAUGUAUCAACAUUAACCGAACAAGCAAAAACCAAAAUACUGAAACAGCAAGGACAUUAUAAAGAACGUUAUGAUCGACAUCGUACAAAUCCAAAUCACAAGAUCGGUGACCUUGUCCUAAUUAAAAUAUUAACAAUGCGCAACAAGUUCGACUGGCGAUAUGAAGGACCAUUCCGUAUAAUACAAAAAUUUAGCACAAAAGCAUUUAUUGUACAACAUGUGAAAAUCUCGACACUGAUAAGACAAGUAACUAGCGACGUCAUGGUGUCGAUAACACAACGCCGUUAUAUUUAA